AUGUCUAAGGCUACGAAGGUCUCGCUCGACGAGUUUGACGUAAGCUGCAUUAGAUCGAGGAGCAAGAACACCGUUCGGGAUACGAAUAAUUUAACAGAUGCCCACUCCGAGAAGAGACUUGCUGCCCUUUCCCACUCAGAUAAAGCCUCUUUACAUGAUAAAGCAAUACGAUAUGAACCACCUGGCAGAACUGUCUCUGAUGCGCACGGCAAUCCACUCUUUGAGGGGCACAUGAUGUCCAUGUUGAGGGAUACCACCGACAUAGCUGCGUCUCGCAGAGCAACAUCCCAUAUUUGCACGCGCAAGUCGGGCGGCAGCAGGGGAAAGAGGUGGAACGGCAUGUCGUUAAAUGCUCAGCUGUGA